UUGGUGGUGGGUGGUGUUGGGGUGUAUAGAGGCCCCUCAUGUGACAUCUGUAGAUGGAGCUGAUCCAUCCGACGUGGUGCUGGGUUGCUGUUGCUUCCUCUUGUGUUCAUCUUGAGGUUAGAAGGUGGAGCUUCGUGGAGUUCCUCUUGGUUUCAUUUACAGUUAACCAAACUUUCUGUCACUCACUCUGAAUGUUUGCAUCCGUGCUGCCAUGGUGGCCCCCACCGACUUCCUUCAGGAUCUUAUAAUUAAUUAGACUAACGGUCAAAACAAAGAUGACUGUGCUGCAGAGCGUGGCCUGUCUGUGGACGCUGGCCCUCACACUGACUGCACCUGUCUGCAGUGACAUUCAGUUCUUGGAGCGGAAUGAGGGCGACUCCGUGGUUCUGCCCUGCGUGGUGGAUCAGAGGAACCCGGCUCCUCUCGGCAUGUACCUGAAGCGCACCUGGCUGCAGCACAGAGAGGUUCUCUUCAUGUACACCAAGAGGGAGUUCAGCAUGCACGUCGAUGCUGACAAGAAUCGAACCAGCAUCAGUGGAGACCCGAGCAGCCACUCUCUGAACGUCACCAUCUCUCAGCUGAGGGCCGGCGACACCGACCGCUACUACUGCGAGUUUGUGGUGGAACAACCUUCAUCUGAAGAUGAGCACGUGCCUGGAAACAAUGAAUUCUUCCUCCUCGUGAGUUCUGCUGGUGCUGCUGGUGCUGCUGGUGCUGACGCCCCAGGGUUGGUGGAGACGUGUGCCGGGGGCUCGGUCGUGCUCCCCUGUCUCCCCCCACACAGGGACAAGGCGAUGGUGGAAGGUGUGAGCCUGAAGAGGCAGAAAAUGGGCCAGGCGGCCGUGGAGGUCUUGUACCACCACCCACUCACUGCCCACUACCGCAGCAGCAGAAGCAGCAGCCCUCCAUCCUCCACCCAGUUCCCCGCUGAGAGGGUCCAGCUGUCCUUGGCGCCCGGCCCCGGCGGCAUCACCUACGACCUCACCCUGCUGCAGCUGCAGCCAGACGACAGCGCCCUCUACAGCUGCCAGCUGCUGCUGCAGGACAGGCCCGACUCCACGGCUAGUCUAGGGAGACAGGUGUACUUUGUUUCAGUGCAAGGAGGUCAGUGCGGCUGCUCCAGCUACUCCACCCUGCUGUACUCGUUGUCCUCGGCCGUGGCCGUCCUCGUUCUCCUCCUCGGCUGUAUGAUGGUUUAUAAAGGCAAAUCACGCCGCAGCAUCCAGUCGCACCCUCAGGCCCCCAUCUACGAGGACAUGACCAGGGUGAAGGCCACCAGUCAGAAGCUGCCCCUCCACCCUCUGGAGGAAACCGAGUGCUCCGAGUACACAAACUGCCGAGUGAAGAAAUCGUGUCCUGAGAAUCAUUAUGAAAGCCCGAGCGGGGCCCUGUGCCCCCGGAGUUAGACCUCGUCACAGCUCAGCAACUCAGCUUAGAAAAGUUUGCAGCUUCAGAGAGUUUGAAUUUUGGCAUUUUAAAGUCUAAAUGUCGGCUGCCUGUGGAGUGAAGCUUUGUCACAUUUAUAUAAUAAUAUGUUGAUCUAUGCUGAUGUACAUUUUUUUUUUACAAUUAAUGAAGAAAUUUGAAAUCUGAUUACAACCUGUUUACAAAAAAAAAAAGUUGUCACGGUGUGUAGAACAUUGAAACUUGAAGAAUUUGAAAUGGUUUGAACAUUUUGAAUUUGACGGCAGUUUGAAAUAAAA